GUCACUCCUGCUUCCUCACCCUGGCAACGGGCGGGAGGCUACUUCCGGUGCCGCGAGGGCUCGGGCUGGAGCGGGGCAGUUCCUGUUCUGCAGUUACUCUUGGAUAGAAGCAUGCCCUUUCUCAGAUAGAAGAUGCCAGUCUUGGAGAAUGACCAUGGAGAAGGGGAUGAGCUCUGGAGAAGGGCUGCCUUCCCGUUCAGCUCAGAUUUCGGCUGUUGAAGUAACAGCCAGAGACUUGGAAGUGAAGCAGCCCCAUGCAGACCAACGAGGGGGCUUUGUGCUGGUACAUGCGGGUGCAGGUUAUCAUUCAGAAUCCAAAGCCAAGGAAUAUAAACAUGUAUGCAAACGAGCUUGUCAGAAGGCGAUUGAAAAGCUACAAGCUGGGGCUCUUGCUACAGAUGCAGUGACUGCGGCCUUGGUGGAACUUGAGGAUUCUCCAUUUACAAAUGCAGGAAUGGGAUCUAAUCUAAAUCUCUUAGGUGAAAUUGAAUGCGAUGCAAGCAUAAUGGAUGGAAAAUCCUUAAAUUUUGGGGCUGUAGGAGCACUGAGUGGAAUCAAGAACCCAGUCUCAGUCGCAAACAGACUGUUGUGUGAAGGGCAGAAGGGCAAGCUCUCGGCUGGCAGGAUUCCUCCCUGCUUUUUAGUUGGAGAAGGAGCCUACAGAUGGGCAGUAGAUCAUGGAAUACCUUCCUGCCCUCCUAACAUCAUGACCACAAGAUUCAGUUUAGCUGCAUUUAAAAGAAACAAGAGGAAACUAGAGCUGGCAGAAAGGGUGGAAACAGAUUUCAUUCAGCUAAAGAAAAGAAGACAAUCAAGUGAAAAGGAGAACGACUCAGGCACUUUGGAUACGGUGGGCGCCGUGGUGGUCGACCACGAAGGGAACGUUGCUGCUGCUGUCUCCAGUGGAGGCUUGGCUUUGAAGCAUCCAGGGAGAGUCGGACAGGCUGCUCUUUAUGGAUGUGGCUGCUGGGCUGAAAAUACUGGAGCUCACAGUCCCUACUCCACAGCUGUGAGUACCUCAGGAUGUGGCGAGCAUCUCGUGCGUACCAUACUGGCUCGAGAAUGCUCACAUGCUUUACAAGCCGAAGAUGCUCACCAGGCCUUGUUGGAGACUAUGCAAAACAAGUUUAUCAGUUCUCCUUUCCUUGCCAGUGAGGAUGGUGUGCUGGGUGGAGUCAUUGUUCUCCGGUCAGGCCGAUGUUCUGCAGAAGCGGACUCUUCCCAGAAUAAGCAGACACUUCUAGUGGAAUUUCUGUGGAGCCACACGACAGAGAGCAUGUGUGUUGGAUAUAUGUCAGCCCAGGAUGGGAAGGCCAAGACUCACAUUUCAAGACUCCCUCCCGGUGCGGUGGCAGGACAGUCGGUGGCCAUCGAAGGCGGGGUCUGUCGCCUGGAAAGCCCAGUGAACUGACCCCUUCAGGCUGAGCAGGAAGCAACUGCAAGCUGUUUUCAGAACCUGAGCUCUUGGGGAUCCUUAACUGAAGCUGGAUGUUUGCCCUCCCUUGUUUUUAAAUCCCAAUGACAGCGACCUCGUGUUCUGCUCCAGACACACAUGCUGCUGUGGUUCAUGCUUAGUGACAUGCCAGCCUCUGGCAGGUGAGCGGGAAUGCAUGUGAGUGUGCGGCAUGUGAACUUGCUUCUCCCGUAAUGAAAUACAAACUCCUCCGUGUGUAACCCAAGACCAGGAAUGAGCAGAUCGUCUUUACGAACCUUGAGCUUUAACUGUUUACAAGUAAAACCUGAAGUUGCAAGAAACCUUUUUAUUUCAUACAGAGGUACCUACUAUCCUUGAUGUAAUGUGUCUGAAUUGAAGAGUAAAUCUACUUGUUGAAAUGAUUUGACAGUGGUAGUGCUUCAUUUCAAAGCAGUAAUAAGUAAUAAAGUGUGUUUAUUUGCUAAUCAGUUUAAGUGGAGCCAGUGGUAACUUAAACUGUUGUUCUCAUCCCUCAUAUGGGGCAUUUUUCUUUAACAAAGAAUGGUUUCAGUGAAACAAUCUAGCAGAGAAUUAAGCUCAGAACCUUUUUAAAUAAUAGUCUUAUUCAUAAAGUUUGUACUUGUUUCCUCAAGCUUUUAUAAGCUUAAAUAUUGCAUAGCAAUGAGCUGUAUGUACUAUAUUAUGAAUGGGUAUGUAAAGAGACCAUACUGUAAUGCACACUCCUUAAUUUGUGUAUAAUGGAAUGCUAUUUACACUGUAACACUGUAAAUAAGAAAGCAAAGUUUAUGGGAAAAUUCAAUAUUAUCUUUGUUUCUUGUCUAAAUAUAUUUUUAAGAUAAAGGCCCAAAAAAUAAAAGCAUAUUAAUGGGUAUAGUGUGUG